AGGCAGAACUACAUUGCUGAGAGAAUAUAGAAGUUUCUGGUUUGCAAGUGAAGACGGAAAAGAGGGAGCAUUAAAUAUGAAAGUCGGUCACACUUUGAGCUGCUUCAUCUUCGUCAGCCUGCAUGGAACCAUUGGCCUCGCCAACGCAGAAAGUUCCAUCCAUACAGGGAUGGACUGCAGUAAUUCCCAGUGUGUUGACCCCUGUCAUAACUACACUGUACUGAAUGAUGACUGGCGUUCAACGAAUAACACAGAUAUUCAGGUCCUACACUGUGAUAAAAACAUUGACUGGCAAGGUUGGUAUCGCCUGUUUCUGGGGGAAUCUGGUGCUCAUAUUCCAGAGAGGUGUCUAGACCCCAACAGGUGUGGAACUCAUGCUCCACUGUGGAUAACACAACCUCAUCCCACACAGUCGGGUGAAAUUCUAACUCGCACUGUGUGCAGUUCUUGGGAAGGCAACUGCUGCAAAUUUGAGUCACACAUCAUCCAUGUCAAACACUGCUAUGGAAACUACUAUGUUUACAAACUUGUGAAGCCAGUCACAUGCCAGCUUGCAUACUGUGCAGGUAUUGUUCUGCUUUAA